ACCUAGUUCACAAAUUCUCUCUCUCUCUCUCUCUCUCUCUCUUUCGUGUUUCCCUUCCCCAUCUUCCUUGAUAUCGUGUUCUCCUUUCGAAUAACUUUGAAAGCGAAAAAAUCUCAUCUCGUUCGUUCAUCGUUCUUGCUGCUAUUGUUGUUGUUGAUGGACUUUGGUCUUUCACACGUCAUUGCAUACGAAACAUUCUGAACUUAUCUUCCUUGCUAUUUUGUGCCGUGAAGCGAAAAGAAAAAGCUGGUGUUGUACGCCGGUAGAGAGAGAAACAAUACUAGUAUGCAACGACGCGGUUCCUUCUGCACGUCGGAGUUGCCUUGCUUCGUUGAAUCGUUGGAUUGUUUCUUUUCUGUGUCCCGGACGGGUGACAACCUGAUGGGACCGAAUAUUCGUCGGACGAGGUCUUCGGACCCGGUCCUGCCUUCUUUGCCUCAGGUGGAUGGCUCUGGGGAGAAACGCAAGGUGAAGAAAGCGAAGUCGAAGAAGAAGAGUAACAAAAGUAAGAAGAAUAAGGGUAAGGGGAAGAGUGUCGGUGGUGAUGGUGAGGUGGUGGGUGUUGCUGCUGCUGCCCAAGAGGAGGUGGUGGUGAAGGUGAAGGUGCAGGUUGAAGGGGAUUGUGGUGAGGGUGUUGAGAAGGGCCAGAGUUGUUCACCUCCGUCUUAUGCCAGUUUUGCUGGGGAUCAGAUUGUGGACGAGAAGACCAAGACUGCGUCGGAGAUAGCUCAUGCUGCUUCCCUGAGAGAGCGCAUCUUGGCCGCGCUGAGUGUCUCGCGUGGUGAUGAGCGUGCUGGUCCGUCCGGUGCGAAGGAAAGACGUGACACUGAUGCAUCGGCUACCAAGGUUCAGUCGGGCGGUAGUGGUAUCGACAAUGACCGCACUGCUAAUGCUGCUGAGGGCAGUGCGAGUCCUGAACAACGUGCUGCAGCAGAUAAAAACCCCACCGCUGGCAAUCCGAACCCUGAUCCUUUUGCCUCGCUCGCGGACGACUCUUCGGAAGGCACAGCGGGUUUGGCUGAAAAUGAUGCUGAGACGCCCGGUAAUACCGAUCAGGCUGUCGUUGACGGUGAUGUGGUGGCCGCGGAAGGCAGCACUGCGGGUGGAAAGAAAAACAUGGAUGACAAGUUUAUCGGCGUGGAAACACUCUCAUCGCAUUUCAUUCAGCUGUAUGAGAGACGUGAUCUCUGCGACUUUCAUUUCCUUGUGAAAUCGAGCAACGGAAUGUUCCACCCCGUCAUAAUCCCUGUUCAUGUCGCCGUUGUGGCCCGAAGCCCGCUCAUCUCUGCGCUUCUACCGACUCCGCUGUACCGGCAGGGACAUCGCGAGGUUAUUGCUGUGCUCGGCGAUCAGGUCAAUCUGAUCCAUGGCUUCGAACACGCGGUCCGUAGCUUGUACGGGAUGCCUCUCCUCCAAGGCAAGCGGCUCAGGACUGCAGCCCUGGCAGUGCUGGGGUACGCUGAAGAAACCCAAGGAUCAUAUCCAUUCCCAAUCAACAUCGCCAUGGUUGAUCUCGCCUUCUCGUACGCCGCAUCGGGAGCUUUUCUACAAGUGAACAGCAUUCUCGAAGCCGGUGUUCGAAUGGCGUUGACCCUUGUUGACUGGGAUACAGUCGAACCAAUCUUUCAUUUCGGUCUCUGCGUUGACGACUUCUCUAUUACCUUAGAGGAUAGUGUCACUCCGCCAGACUCAGGGGCCGGCAACCCAAGACACGUCGUGACUCGGAGCCGGGAACUCAGAGAAAUCUGGGCUCCGCUGCUGGUCAGGGCUGCGCUGGGUUUCAUCGUUGAUAACAUCGAUUCUCAGUUCGUCUUGUACCCUCGAGCAGUGAGCAUGUGCAUUCCGAAUCGUAUCCCCGAGUAUCUUACGGCUGUGCCGGGAAUCGCUCGAUCAACGCCAAACAGACUGCCGAGACGAGAGACUGUGACCAUCUCGAGUGUCCUGCUCAAUCUCCCAUAUAAGCAUCUAAAGGACGUCUUCAAGAUCUUGACUGAGCGUCGGGUACUAUCGAACGAUCUUGCCCAGACAAUCAUUGUCGAGCGGGAAGCACGGCGGCUGAAGGGACUGCGAGCAUUGGUCAAGAAAAGCGAGCUGAUCGACUCGGAGAUACCCAGGGAAAUCAAAGAGCUGGGCUAUCAAGAGCUUCUCGUGUCCAGAAGUGUUCACUCCGAAACGGAAGGCCCAGAGUCCGUUACGAUGGAGAUCAGCUUGGAGAGAGAAUGGACUGGGUUGGAGGUAUCGGAGGCCACUGCAAGCCACACCCUCUCUCCCAAGUGA